GGUUGAACGGACUGAAAAAUAAGAACAACCUUACAUUAUGAUACAGAAGGGAGGGGAAAUGUAGCUAUAACAUUUGAAUCUACACCCCGGGGAGUGAUGCAGGCUGUGGAGAUUUCCGGUGUACAUUAUUAGUGGAUGGCGUUCCGCUCUCAUCUCGCCACCGUCCUCCGCCAGCCGAAAUAUUUAUCGGAAGGUCGACUCCUGUCCUGGCACCAGAGGAAGAUGACUGAGAGCCAUACCGAAAUGGUUUCUGCCCUUUUACUAGUGGACGACCAGAGGUGUAUCACCUAUUGAUAAGAGCCGGUAGAAAACACACCUGUUGGACAUCACCAGCCCGACCAAAACCUGCCCCCAUAGCCGGGCCUUAUUGGAUACUCCUGGGCCUCCCCUUCACACAGUCAAAACUGAAUCAAUACGUGCGAAGCAGCAGGAUGACUGAGGCGUGGCAGCAGCACGCAGUGGCUCCCCCACCCACCGUGGUGCACAACCUCCCCCCGGGCUCCGACAGCGCCCUGGGCUGUGCCGUGUACGGGAUCGUCCUCCAGCCGGAUGUGGCAUCCCUCCAGCAGCAGCCCCAGCAUGGCCAGCAGCAUGCCGUACCCGCCCAGCAGCCUUCCCUACAGGUAGGAGGCGAGGGAGGUCACAAGUGCGGAGCCUGCGGCCAUGACAUAUCCCACCUAGCUAAUCCACAUGAGCACCAGUGUAUGGGGACCGGGGAUCGGUCAUUCCAGUGUACCCAAUGUAUGAAGAUCUUCUGCCAGGCCACUGAUCUGUUGGAGCAUCAGUGUGUACAGGUGGAGCAGAAGCCGUUUGUGUGUGGCGUGUGUAAGAUGGGUUUCUCUUUGCUCACCUCGCUGGCACAGCACCACAACGCCCACAACAACGGCAACAACCCCAUGAAGUGUUCCAUCUGUGAGAAGACCUACCGCCCAGGUUCUGGCAACAACACCCCCACCUCCUCCGCAGCCAACCCGUCCACCGGCGAGGCCUCCAGUGGCGGGGCAGCGUGCGGAGCGUCAGCCCCUACGGCGUUUGAGGCUUCGGGACCAGACAGGCCCUACAAGUGCUCUGUGUGCCACAAGGGCUUUCGGCAUCUGUCUGAGCUGUCGCGACACGAGCGUGUGCACACGGGGGAAAAGCCUUACAAGUGUGACACCUGUGACAAGAGCUUCAGCCAGUCCUCUCACCUGGCCCACCACCAGCGCACCCACAGCUCAGAGCGGCCCUACAAGUGUGCCGUCUGUGAAAAGUGCUUCAAGCACCGCUCACACCUCGUGCGCCACAUGUACGCCCAUUCCGGCGAGCACCUGUUCAAGUGCAAUUUGUGCGAGAUGCACUUCAAGGAGUCGUCGGAGCUGCUGCACCACCAGUGCCAGCCCACAGUGACGUUGGACAGGCCGUUCCGCUGCGGCUCGUGCGGGAAGGGCUUCAAGCGGCCUUCUGAUCUGCGGCAGCACGAACGCACGCACUCCGAGGAACGCCCGUUCCAGUGCGAGGAGUGCCAGAUGAGCUUCAAGCAGCAGUACGCCCUCGUUCGUCACCGCCGCACUCACAAGAACCCGGCCGACCGGCCUUUUAAGUGUAACCUAUGUGACAAGGGUUUCCUGCAACCCUCCCACCUGCUGUACCACCAGCAUGUCCAUGGCAUGGAGAGCCUGUUCAAGUGUGCUUCCUGCCAGAAAGGCUUCAGCCAAUCCGGUGAACUGCUCCGGCACAAAUGCACCGGCUCAGGGUCGGCGUCUGGCUCCGUGACCGCGGCCACGCCGGCGGUGGAGAAGCCCUACAAGUGUGACGUGUGUGGCAAAGGCUACAAGAAGAAGUCGACGCUCCAGCGCCACCAGAACUCCAGCUGUCAGGAGAAGCCGCUGAAGUGCUCCCUGUGCAACCGACGCUUCCUGUCGCCGUCUGAGUUCGUGACGCACCGCUGCGACCCGUCACGGGAGAAGCCCCUGAAGUGCCCCGACUGUGAGAAGCGCUUCAAGUAUUCCUCGGAGCUGCAACGGCAUCGCCGCGUUCACACCGGCGAGAAGCCUUACAAGUGCUCCAGCUGCGACAAGAGCUUCAAACAGAGGGAGCACCUGGUGAAGCACCAGGCGGUGCACUCGCGGGAAGCCCAGUUUAAGUGCGUGUGGUGUGGGGAGCGUUUUGUGAACCUGGGAGCCCUCCAGGAGCACACGGUCCAGCACACUGCAGAAGGUGGCGGUUAUCCCACAGCCCCGUGUAUACAGUGAGCAGGUCUGCUGCUGUUGAGCGCCUGUACAGUGUGAACACACGCGGUGACAUGGAACGUUGCCCGACCAAGCAUACAGCAACACUCUUCCUGACACCUUAUUUGUAUAUAACCACACAAUCAUUAUUUACAUUUAGUUACACACACCCACCCCCCCUCCCCCACUCCUUUUGCAUAAACAAUGGUAAAACUCUGCUUAAUCCUAACCAUGAAGUUAUUAUUGACACCUUCUUCCUCACACCAAGGUAAUCGUGCCCAUGUUCUGCCCUUCAUUAGUGACUUCCAACUUCCAAUGACCCUGAUCAACUGAAAACAGUACAUCAACAACCCAUGAUCCAGAUCAACUGAAAACAGUACAUCAACCCAUGAUCCAGAUCAACUGAAAACAGUACAUCAACUACCCAUGACCCUGAUCAACUGAAAACAGUACAUCAACUACCCAUGAUCCAGAUCAACUACCCAUGAUCCAGAUCAACUGAAAACAGUACAUCAACUACCCAUGACCCAGAUCAACUGAAAACAGUACAUCAACUACCCAUGACCCUGAUCAACUGAAAACAGUACAUCAACUACCCAUGAUCCAGAUCAACUACCCAUGAUCCAGAUCAACUGAAAACAGUACAUCAACUACCCAUGACCCAGAUCAACUGAAAACAGUACAUCAACUACCCAUGACCCAGAUCAACUGAAAACAGUACAUCAACUACCCAUGACCCAGAUCAACUGAAAACAGUACAUCAACUACCCAUGACCCAGAUCAACUGAAAACAGUACAUCAACUACCCAUGAUCCAGAUCAACUGAAAACAGUACAUCAACUACCCAUGACCCAGAUCAACUGAAAACAGUACAUCAACUACCUAUGACCCUGAUCAACUGAAAACAGUACAUCAACUACCCAUGAUCCAGAUCAACUACCCAUGAUCCAGAUCAACUGUGGUCACCUUGUUGGAUGCAGGAAAAAUGCAACUUGAAAAGGAAUGUUUCAAUCUGAAAAGGCAUUGGAAAUGUAAUCAUGCGUUUUAACGUCAAAUACUUAGUAGUUGCUUUUUAAAACAUUUAUGGAAAUGAAAUGUUUAAGGAAAUUGGGGGGGGGGGGUCUUAUUCUCUGACUCCUUUAUGGUCAUAUAAUUUCUUUGCUGUGGUUUGGGUUCAAGUUUUGGCCACACUACGUGUUGAACUCCCCCUUAACCCUCUGGUUGGCUGUUAGUAAUGCCCAAUAAACCCCACCCCUCAUAGACUUAAAUAUACGUUUCUGCAUGAGUAUAUUUAAGCAAUAUGGCCCGAGGGGUUGUGGUAUAUGGCCAAUAUACCACGGCUAAGGGCUGUUCUUAUGCACGAUGCAAUGCGGAGCCCUUAGCUGUGGUAUAUUGGCCAUAUACCACGGCUAAGGGCUGUUCUUAUGCACGAUGCAAUGCGGAGCCCUUAGCUGUGGUAUAUUGGCCAUAUACCACGGCUAAGGGCUGUUCUUAUGCACGAUGCAAUGCGGAGCCCUUAGCUGUGGUAUAUUGGCCAUAUACCACAACCCCCUUGAGGUGCCUUUAUAAACUGGUAUCAAUGUAAUUAGAGCAGUUAAAAUACAUGUUUUGUUAUACCUGUAGUAUACCACGGCUGUCAGCCAAUCAGCAUUCAGGGCUCGAACCACCCAAUUUAUAAUUGUGAAAUAUGUUUAUAUUUAGCAUCACUGUUGUACUGUAGUAGCUUAGGUUUGCUUAAAAAAAUAAGAAAAAAAAUGUGACAAGUUAUAUCUUGUGUCCUCUUUGGAAAUCUGUGGUAGAUAAACUGUCUCAUCUCUGUACUAUAAUGAAUAGCAACUACUGUAGUAUGUGUCAAUGGGAAUAUUUCCCCGCAUUCUGGACUACUUUGGCUCCCUAUGUCAUAGAAAUAAACACAUACCAUAUCUCUCUGUCAACGUGGGGCUCCCGAGUGGAACUGCAUCUCAGUGCUAGAGGUGUCCCUAUACAGACCCUGGUCCGAUUCCCGGCUGUAUCACAACCGGCCGUGAUUGAGAGUCCCAUAGGGGGGUGGCGCACAAUUGACCCAGCGUCGUCCGCGUUUGGCCCGGGGGGUAGGCCCGUCAUUGUAAAUAAGAAUUUGUUCUUAACUGACUUGCCCAGUUACAUCAAAUAAAAUGUGCACAGGGAAAUGGGCCGACGAUGCUCACAACCUCUGAGUCCUAUACGUACUGUUUGUACAUAAAUAUUACAUGCUAACACAUUAACAACCUUAGUGGUAGAAGUUGUCAAAAUGUGUUGGAAGAACUGCUUCUGCUACCUGCUUUUCUACCCAGUUGAGUUGAGAUUGUUUUGUGUUUUUGUAUUUAAGCAAAAAAAGGGGUGUGGAGGACAUCCUCCGGUCCGGUGGCAUUGUCCUCCGACAGGUGGGAUCACUCCUACGCUACGCUCGUCCCUCAACCCACAGAGCAGACAGUUGGUCGUAAGACAACGGCCCACUGGUUUUUGUUUAAACCAGUAAUGUCUACAUCUGGAUUUCAACCUAGCAGUUAUCGUGUGAUUUAAAAAAAAAAAACACAUCAAUCUCUUUAUCAUGAUUUUCAUUUGGACAUGUUGGCCUUGGUUUGUGCCUAGGAGGUCUUCAUGUAAACCCUGCCAAGUUAGGGUCCCAAUUACACAAAUUGUUCCCUCAGUUGCCCCUGAAAUAUCUGUGAGAGGACUUUUAUGUUAGUAUGUCUAUAUGUUGAGGUGGAGAAGAAGGAAGUAUGUGAUUAUGUAUGCAAGUUUAUACAUAUGUUGUUGUCUUAUAUUGUUUUAUGAAUGUGUAUUUGGAAGGAGAGAAAAAAAGAAACCGUAUGCUCACAAUGUGUAUUUGGAAUGAGGAUAUGAAACUGAAAGGUUAGCAGUGAGAAUGUCAUGUGGUGGAUUCAUCCUACAUGGCACCCUAUUCCCUAUGUAGUAUACCAGGGCCUCUGGUCAAAAGUAGUGCAAGCUAUAGGGAGUAGGGUGCAACUUGGGAAGAAGUUUUAUGUUUGACCUGGGUAGGAUGAUGAGGUAGUCAAGUCACUUGUGUCUGCAGCUAGGCUAUGAGCGUGUUUGACCCUUGUGUCUGCAGCUAGGCUAUGAGCGUGUUUGACCCUUGUGUCUGCAGCUAGGCUAUGAGCGUGUUUGACCCUUGUGUCUGCAGCUAGGCUAUGAGCGUGUUUGACCCUUGUGUCUGCAGCUAGGCUAUGAGCGUGUUUGACCCUUGUGUCUGCAGCUAGGCUAUGAGCGUGUUUGACCCUUGUGUCUGCAGCUAGGCUAUGAGCGUGUUUGACAUCGGAGCCAAAACAUUUUUUAAAGGCGUGAACGACUAAUCUACAAAUCACCUUGAAUCAUAAUUAACUACUCAAAUGUUAGUUGCAGACCGGUCAGUCGGUCACAAUUUCCCCAUGAUGCAUCACGGUUUUGAUGCUCUCGACAGGCCUUCUGCAUGCCAACGCUGGUCAAAUAUGUCCCAGUCUGUGCGUCUGCCUCUGCUGCCAUCAAUUUUUGUCAACUGGGAGAUAUAGACGAUGACAUCAUUCUGUGGCUUAAUCUGUGUAGGCUACAUUCAAUCUUGAAUGAUAUGUACAGUAUAUCAUGUUCAUAUACACACUGCACUAACAAAAUAAACGAAUCUUACAAUA